CGUCAGCUUUACUCCACCAUUAGAUGCUAACGAGUCCUGGAAUGCUAUCAACUAUUCAUGCUGAAAUGUCUUCAGGUGUAAUAGUUUCUACCAUUGUUUCCCUGAUGCAUUCUUCUCGUCUAAGGCCAUGGUCAAAUGUUCCUUUUACAUGGAAGUCCGGGCUUUGGCAAGAUGCACAUUGUUGGUGCUGCAGCAGCAGAUUGUUCUCUUCAAUCCAUAUCAGUGAAAGGGCUGAGCUGUUGAAUAAGUACAUUGGAACUUCUAAGCAAGCUCUUGCUUUGGUCAGUGAUGUGGACUUGGACGCUAUAGCUCCAAAUCUAAUCAUAAUCCACGGUUCUUCAGGAUAUGCUUUCCGAUGCACAGCUGCGAGCAGAGAGAGUAAUAAGCUUGGGAAAAAGCCAGUUAUAACAGACUCUCUUCUGAAGUUGGUCGCUUCAAAAGCGAGCCUGUCAAUCUCAGAUGCCGAGAAAAUUCAACUGGGGAUUCUGAUAGCUGUUUACUAAAUGUUAUGCAUCUUUGUACAUCAGUAGAUCAUUGAUUAGCAUACCUCCUCUAAAUAGUCUACCUGGCCUCACAGUUUAUAUGACGUGUAUA